AUGCUGCCGCUGCCGCUGCCGCUGCUCCGAGAGGACUACCGUGAAGGCGGAGGGAGACGAACAACACAGCGCUCCGAGGCCCUGAGCAUGGCAGCGUUGUUUACCGGGACCAGCCAGCAGCUGGAAUUUUCCAGCUGUGGAGAGGAUGGAAGCAGCAGCAGCAGCAGCAGCAGUGACACCUCGGACAACUGCACGUCCAGGACUCGCAGUCCUCGGAUCCGCACGCCCAGCUCCGCCUGCGGGACGCCCAGAGUGCAACGCCACCGCAGCAGAUUCAAUGCUUCAUCCUCCCCUAUGCUGUGCACCAGCCCGAUACCGUACGCUUCCUGGAAGAAACUGAGACUCUGCAGCUCUCCAAACACUCCCAAGAGUUUGCUGUCAAAGUCGUCUCAGCCAGUCUCCAACAUUAAGAUCCCUCACCGCCAGAGGAGACUGUGCUUCACCUUAGCCACUGCAAACUUAAUGCAGGCACCUUCUGUCAACGUGAAUCCUUUCACUCCUGACACCGUGCGCAGGAACAGCGAGCAGUACUGGACCAAGAGUUGUAUGAGCGAUGAUGAGGACGAUUACGUUCCUGGUCUGAAACACAGCCUCACAUCAUCUGAAGAGGAUGACGAAGCCUUUCUCCCACCAAAGAGGCGAGCUGUUCAAGCCUGCAUGCUGUCACGAUAUGAGAGCGAGUUCCUGCAGCUCGAGUGCAUCGGCGUGGGCGAGUUUGGGGCAGUUUACAAAUGCGUUAAGAGGCUGGACGGCUGCUUGUACGCCAUAAAACAAUCCCGCCGACCUCUGGCAGGCUCUUAUGACGAGCAGCUGGCCCUCAAGGAGGUGUAUGCACAUGCUGUUCUUGGGCACCACCCACAUGUUGUUCGCUAUUAUUCAGCAUGGGCAGAGGAUGACCACAUGCUUAUUCAGAAUGAAUUCUGUGAUGGUGGGAGCCUCGGCGAUGCCAUCGUGAAGAGGGAGGUCCAGGGUGAUCUUUUCACAGAGGCCGAGUUGAAAGAUCUGCUUUUGCAGGUGUCCAUGGGUCUGAAGUACAUCCACAGCUCAGGACUUGUGCACCUAGAUAUCAAACCAAGCAAUAUAUUCAUCUGCCAGCGUAGCAGCACGAGUGCUGUGGGUGAGGGGGAGAGUGAAGAGGAAGAUGGAAGCGCGACAGCUGGCGUCAUUUACAAAAUUGGCGACCUUGGUCAUGUGACAUCCACGAUCAAUCCUCAAGUUGAGGAGGGGGACAGUCGCUUUCUCGCCAGUGAGAUUUUGGCCGAGGAUUACAGCCACCUCCACAAGGCAGACAUAUUUGCUCUGGGUCUCACCGUGCUGCUGGCAGCUGGCGCUCCUCCUCUACCGCGAAAUGGAGAUCAGUGGCACCAUCUUAGACAGGAGAAACUUCCUGAACUGCCACAGAAGCUUUCACUUCCCUUUAAAGCUUUGCUUCAGUCUAUGCUGCAUCCAGACCCUACAAAGCGUCCGUCUGCCAAGGACCUUUGCAGGCACACAAUCUUAAGCGAAAAGAGGACGGAGAGACUGGCUGCUCAACUGCGUCGAGAGCUCAACGUGGAGAAGUUCAGGACAGCCAUGCUUGAAAAAGAGCUUCAGGAGGCUCGUCAGGCUGCGUUGUCCCCCAUGCAGAACCUGUCUCCUGGCCUAAAACCUCCUGCCAGAGAGGGUUCUGUGCCCAGAGCUGGGAGGAGGCUUGUUGGGAGGAAGGAAAGGCGCUCUGUGAGCUUUGGCUGCCCUGGUUCCUACAUCUGAUGCCACGAAGUGAAGCCUCCUCAUGUGUUUUCGCUGUUGAUGUGAAGAUUGUAGCGGACGUUAGAGGGAUUUGUCUCCUGAAUGGACUGAUGGUAUUUGGAUAAUACUGAUUUUGAAUUAUUAAUGUAACUUCCAACACCUGCCUCAAGUG